AUGUCGAGGCCGCUCAAAUUUAACGAGAGGGACCUAGAGGAGCCGAAAGAACUAGAGUGUACAGACGCAGGAUUACUAACUAAUUCGUACGACGUCGCCGAGUCCAACGACGACACUGCGUCGACGGUGGACGUCGACACGUUAAGUAACUUGGGCGACCUGGACAACUUGGGCGACCUGGACAACUUGGGCGACGUGGACAACUUGGGCGACGUGGACGACUUGGGCGACGUGGACGACUUGGGCGACGUGGACGACUUGGGCGACGUGGACGACUUGGGCGACGUGGACGACUUGGGCGACGUGGACGACUUGGGCGACGUGGACGACUUGGGCGACGUAGACGACGACGACGACGACGACGAUGACCAGGAAGAUGUUGAGGUCAAACGUGCAAG